AGUACUGUAGGGCACUAAUAGAACCAGCGGAAUAUCUGUCAGAAAUUGCGAUACUUUUGUCUAAAAUGCAGAGCUAUUGAAAACAAGAAUCACGGAAUAUCAGAAACAUUUCACUGUCUGAACACCAUUGUCCUCAAAUGGGUGGGCAGGUAACCCGUACUAUUCUACAAGGAGGAUCCCUUCACUUCCACCCCCCAAAGGAAAGCAUGUAUCCAGAUUUGCAUGCCACUUUGUCACUUUGUUUCCAUGCCAACACAAAAGGUUCUCAGAUCCUGAUGGACAAGACAAAGCGCAGCGUGCGCAGAAUUGCCAGCUUCUGUAAUGCCAUCACCUUCACCAACCGACCUAUCAAGAUAUACGAACAGGUCCGGCUGAAGAUAACAAAGAGACAGGGUUGCUGGAGUGGCGCCCUGCGAGUGGGUUUCACUACGGUGGACCCAUCUGAUCUCAGUUCAGCCUGGCUUCCACGAUUUGCCUGCCCAGAUCUGGUGUGCGAGAGGGGAUUCUGGGCCAGAGCGCUUCCCGAGGAGCAGUGUGAAGAAGGAACCAUUCUCUCCUUCUGGUUAGAUAAUACAGGGCAAGUGUUUUACCAGGUUAACCAGGGCACUCCGAUCUUCUUCUUCAGUGGUGUACCAGCCGAAGAGCCAGUAUGGGCGAUCAUUGACAUUUACGGGCUGACCCGUGGUGUACAGCUACUUGACAGUAAGUUGGUCCCAGAUGAAUAUUUUAGUCCUGCUGUAACUCAUGAUGUGAUGGAUGACUGGCACCUGUCAAGCAACUGCUCCGAGCUUGACCUGCAAGAAGAUCUGCAAUCCUUCUCAAGCUCCCCAAAUUCCCUCAACUCAGUACUGUUGCCUCAGCUUCACGAUGACUUGCAUUUCCAUUGUGUCCAUGGCAAUGGUCUACGUCUAGUGACUGAACACAUAGCAGUACAUUAUUAUAGCAGGCGUGAGGACUGUGCUUUGGUGUUCAUACAUCGACCGUUGUGCUGUGGCGAAUGUGUUUUCUUAAAGGUUUUACUGAAGUCUCAAACAGCCACACCCACUCUGAAUAGUUUUUUGUCUUAUGGAUUCACGUCCUGUAACCCAGCUCACAUUAACCCAAAGCACUUACCCGUCAAUCCAGAGGACCUGCUGGAUCGCAGGGAAUUCUGGGCUUUUGGCUGCCUCACUUCUCCGCUCGUGGGUGGAGAUACCAUUGGUUUCCGGGUAACUGCAGAAGGGGAAGUGCUCGUGAGUCAUAACGGAGGGAGAGCCUACCGAGAGAUUUGUGUGGAUAAUUCCACUCCUCUCUGGAUGAUCUUCAAUUUACAAACGCAUAUCAAGCAAAUCAGCAUACUGGGGACAGCAUCCAGCUCACUGUUAUCAGAAUCUCCCAAUACACCAUCAUGCUGUGCGAUUACUGGAGAGGAGUGUUUGCUUUGCUGUGAGAGGCCAGUGGACUCAGUGCUGUAUGCAUGCGGACACAUGUGUGUGUGUUCCAUUUGUGGUGGGAAGCUAAAAGAGAUGUCAAACCCAUCCUGCCCCAUGUGUCGCAGCCCAAUCAGAGACAUCAUUAAAAUAUACUGCAGCAUGUAACCUGGUCACCUGGCAUCCACAAUUCCCUAUUUAAAAUGUAAACCAGGUGGUGUGCUACAGUGGAUAAUGCUCAGGGCCAGAAUGUGGAAGACUCCUGGUUUGAACCCCCCAAGGAAUGAGCUGUGAUCCAUCAUCAUUGUUACCUUGAGAAAACAUUCCACCUUAAAGAUGAUUGGGGGGACUAUCCUUUUUAUGUUACUUUGGAUAAAAAGUAAACCUCUGCUAAAUUACCAAAAAGCUGAGAAAAAACAGAUGUGGCACAACAUUUACACAAUGCAAGAUUAAAAGAUUGUUCAGCUCUCUGGACUUGCAAAUGGCUGGGAGUGCAUAAUGGGAAAGUAAGCCUCUAUGAGAUUUCAAAUUUUCAGUUUGACAAAAUCAUGGUUGUAUAAAAAGCUGUGUUAUUAUAUAUAACUAUUAAAUAUCCAUGUUUAAAAUCCACAUUUAAUUUGACUUAAAUUUUUUACUAACUGGAAUACCUUAUUUAUUUCUUAACAAUGUUUUGCUGAAUUCAGAGUCUGAGAACUGCACUGUCGAUUUGGUGUGUUAAAAAUAAAAUAAAAAAAAUUGUCAUGUUUUAACAAACCAAAAUGUAUAUUCAUAAUAUUAUCUGUGUCAAUA